AUGGGUAAACACUACUGUGACUACUGCGAUGUGUUUUUGACCCACGAUUCGGUCUCGGUACGAAAGGCGCACAACAGCGGCCGAAACCACCUUCAGAAUGUUCGCGAAUACUACCAGACUUUGGAGCCCGAAUGCAUCCAGCAGGUGCUGGAUACAUUAGCGCAGGAGUACGAUCUCCGUGGCAUCGAAAAACCUCGCGACUUAUUGCAGCCAGCUGGAUCGUCGUUCAUGACCUUUGGCGCAGGUCCACUCAGUGGUUCAUCAGAUAGAGCAUUUCGCUCGCAAGUUCCACCGUCCAGAAUGUCGAUGGGCGGAGGUGUUGGUGGAGGAUCUGAUCGUCGCGGAGACUCCCGAGGUGGUUCUGGUGGAUAUGGUCGGUAUGGUAACAACGAUGGAUCCAGAGAUCAGGGUGCACCACCGAAUUACAGCCGCCCGCCUCCUCAGGGCGGCCCUUACUCUCGACCUCCUCCGGACAUGAUGGCAGGCGGUCCGCCCGGCAUCAGCAAUGGCCCGUAUCCACCCAGAGGUCCACCGCUGGGCUACGGAGCGCCACUGCCUGGGGCAUAUCCAUCUGGACCACCCCCCAACAUGCGCGGCCCGCCGCCGCCGCUUGCAUCCAACGGCUCUCAUGCACCACAUUCAAGGACAGGCUACGGGCCGCGCUGA